AAUUUCCCCCACUAGGAGGAUUCCUACUUCUGUGGUUAAAACACAGAAAACCCAUAUAUAAAUAAUACUUAUUAUUAUGAACUGUAUUGAGCAAACAUAGCAAAAGGUUCCAACUUUAGUUUAGAGGCGAAAUAGAAUUAGAAAUGGGUGUCACAAAGGAGGAAGUUGAGUCAACUCUCACCACUAAGCUCAGCCCUGUUCAUCUAGAAGUAAUUGAUACCUCUGGAGGGUGUGGCGCAAGCUUCGUCAUUGAAAUUGUUUCUGCGCAAUUCGAGGGUAAGAGACUACUGGAGAGGCAUCGGAUUGUUAAUGCAGCUCUCGAGAAAGAGAUGCAAGAAAUUCAUGCUUUGUCAAUAAAGAAAGCCUUAACGCCCGAUCAGUGGAAACAACAAGAUUCUGAAAGCUCACAAGCAACUGCCUGAAGAUGCUUGCUACAACAAGUUUUAAGCAGCUGAUAGGAUAGUGCAAGAAAACACUUGGUGAGAUAGCAAACCAUGAAACGAUGUUGUUAUUGCUUAUGUUAAUACAUACAUCCGACACUCUUGGCGAAAACCCUCGAGGUUACGAUGACUUUAUCGAAGAAUGUAAUAAAGUGCAACAUUAACUAAAUUGUUCGACUACGACUUGAUCAAACGCUAUUUCGGUGCUUUGACAUGAUCUCGUGUGAAUGAUACAGAACUGUAGUGAGUCUGAUGAAGGCUUCCCA